AUCGUUUUUGAUUAAAAAAAUAUAUUAAUUGCGGUCACGGUCAUGCCACGGCGAUAACUGUGAAUAAACACGUCUCUGAAGAAUAAAUUCUGAAGCCAAUUACAUAAAACUCUGGCCUCUAAACAACCAUUUACAUAAAACAACCGGCUGAUAGUUUUUUAGUUAGUUGCUAAUGAUAUAAGUUAAACCAGCCGGCUUAGUUACGGAGAGGAGAUGCUAUCAGUCAACAAGCAAAAUGACCGCCACAACAAGUGCAGUGGGACAUUAUGGACCCUUCAUCCCCAUGAAAGAGGAGAGACGUCAAAAAACCAGAAGAGGUGCAGGGACAGAACGGAGAACAGUAACAAAGGAAUACAUGAGCAGGGAGGAUAAAGUCCAAGGUCGGCGACAAGAGCAGAGGUUAGGAGAGACCUUUCUACCGACGAGGAGACACUGCAGAGGGGUUUUGACCUGCGCAAGUGUAAAAUGGAUUUCACUUCACAAGAUGCCCAUGAGGGAAGAGGACACACUCUCAGCUCUGACUGCGCGUCUUUCCGGGACCAGAUAUAUGGAGCCCCAGAAGGGACAUGGAGUUGCUCAGCCAUUUGGGAAUCAGCAAAAAAGAAGAGUAGUGGAAGAGGAUUUGGAACAUUUCCUGCAGUCAAGAGGUCCCAAAAGAGGACAUGAUGCCCAUGACAAGAGUCUGCAUUUCCAGAAGCAACCAAGAUCCAAAAAACAAAGAACAGUACCCGAGACUGUGACAGCACAAGGUCCAGGAAAAUCACAUCACUCUCAUUCAACCCCAAAAGACAUUAAAAAAACUCACAUCGGCCAGGACACCAACGCGAAUGAUCAUGAUGAUGAUAAAGUUUGGAAUGAUGUCCAGCCUUCUAAUGAUUACCCUGAGUCCUGCUUUGAAAUGAUUGAUCUGAGCAGUGCAGUUCCUGAUGACUCCUCACAAACAGAGCCUGAGCACAUCUGUCAUGAAACUUUUGAAGAUGUUCCAGAAGUAGACAAGGCAGAUACAGUUAAAUGGGAUCUGGAAGAUGACCUUGGAGGAGCAGAUGGUGAUGAGACAGUUGUGAUAACAUGGAAUUACAUCAACAAUGAGGAUGUCACACAGGCAGUUUGAUAAGAUCGAGAGCGAUUUUGGAGUGCUGAGCUGAAUGGAGUACCUCUGCAGGAUUUACAACUCCCAUUGCCUGCAGAUAAUGGCCUACCUACACUACAUAUGCAGUCCACACAUGAGGAAGCAGUGCAAACUGCACAGAUGAAACUACAGCUCAUGAAGAGAAUAGACACAGACGGUGGAGGUUUUUGAAGGUUCCUCUAGACUGGAGAGUCGUCAUGGUGGCUUUGCUCCUGUACUACCGCAGAUACAGCUGUUGCUAAAUCCCUGUGCUGUGUGUAUAGCAGUAAGAAGAUUCAGCAGCGUCCAUCUGGCAGUGUCAGGAGUACACCUGGAAGUAACAAAGUACUGGGGGUGUAGAACAAUUCCUGCUUUGCAUGCAAACAGUAUACUGUGUUUGUUCUUCUCUUCUUGGCUUGAGCUUUAGACUCUGAGUGAGGGCAUUUUGCUUCACCUCACUUCCACAACAUCAGUUCAUGAGGUUUUAAGAUCUAUUAUUAGGUCACAUUUUUAUGGAAUAAUACAUAUUGCACAUGAUGUUUGAUAAAGUCAUGUAUUUAUGUUAAAAGUUACAAAGUCAGGCUCUGACAUCUCACUCUGCCAGGUAGCAAAAUAUAUCAAACAUGACAAGAGAUGCAGUAUUAAGUAUUGAGCAGGGCAACAACAACGCUAACUCUGAGUUGAGAAGAAGCUUUAGAAUUAUGUGAGAGUAAGUGUCCAAAAACCUAAUGUAAAUCUUGGGAUUUACGAACCUAAUUUGGAAGCAUUAAGAAACUAAAAAGACUCUAAAUUCCCGACCGUGGGAUCCUUGUUGCAUGUCAUACCUUUAUCUCUCUCUCCCUGUGUUUCCUGUCUCUCUCCACUGACUGUCAAAUAAAGGCAGAAGGCCAAAAAAAUAAUCUUUAAAAAGAAAAUAACAGAUUCAAAACCUCAGCCAAAAAGCUGCGUGAAAAAUCAAUAUCAGAAUAUUUGCAAAAGGCCAUACCUUUAUUGAUCCAUCCAUCCGAAACGCUUCCCAAAGCCAAGGUGAGUGGGAAAUGGACAAAAUAUCAGCCUUGAAUGUUUCUUGUGAAAAUAAUGGCCUGGAAGUGAAAAAUCUUUGAUGUACUGAUUCACCACACAAACCCCCUGCACUGUUGAUUAAGAGAGUCUGCUUUUAAAGCUGACCUUCUUCUCGUACCAGCACGCUGAUCAAAUGGUUUGCACUUGUUUUCCUAAGGAAAAAGGAUCCUGCUGGGCAUUCUAGAGGAAUGUGUGUGUGUGUGUGUGUGAUCCCGUGGGCGUUCACAGGUAAAAGCUGAGGCAUUAGCACAUGUCAACAAGCUCCAAGCUGUGUGAUACACAAGAUCUUUAUCCUUAACGCUAUUGAAAAUUACUAAGAAAAACAUGUGACUUAAGCAUUGACAAGUGGUCCAAGGAGUGUGAAGAGCUGCUAAUUAUAAAGAGAUAGUGGGCUAUGUGAUUUCUCUCAGGCUCUGAAAUGCUCCUUGGUUAGUUAUUCUUUAUUUACUUGCGCAGCACAUGAAGCUGUAUCAAUGUAGGGAUGACAACAAACUCACCCUUGGGCUCCCACCAUUUACAUUCUUGAGUUAAGAUGGUAUGACAAGGCUUUAGGGUCAACGGGAGGAGUGUGUUCAAUGUUACAUGUUCAAGACUCAUUUAUCUCAUUGUUUGCUUUCGCCAGUGAACUCUGUGCUCCCUGUGAGUCAUGAGACACUGCUGUGAGCUGCUGCAGACGUACAGAAAUAAUGGCAUGUAAGUGCUUGAUCACUGAUUCACUUGAGUGUAUUAUUAUAUUGUGGGGACAGCUUGCUUUACCGUUCAUAUUUGUGAAGUUGCAUGUAUUUAAAUAAGAUAAUCUUGUGUGGCAUUUAUCCAAAAUUACUUAAUUAUCAUGUUAUUAAUCAGUCUAAGACAAGCUGCAGAUUCAGCCAGUAUUUUUCAACUGGUUGAUGUCCUUGUGAAAGAUGCCAUAGUUGCCAUUAUCCAUCAGUCAACCAGAGACCCUCAGCUUUUUCUCCCUGUGAUGUUAAGUCUAGACUGAGAGGGAGAAGGACAGAUACUUUGAAUAUUAAGAUGAAUUGACUGUUUAAUCCUGCGUUGUGCUCUCACAUUGCCAUAGAUGCCCUUUGUGUUUAUUGAUCUGUUCUCUAUCGAUAUUCCUGGAUGGAUUCAAGGGGAAUCUGUAGGUGGACAGAAGAUGGAUGUUGAGUAAAUGUCUAACAUGCUAAAAUGAUUUGUCUGUAAGAUUUCUGUUGUUCCUUGUGCUGGUUUCACUUGUAUGUUUGAAAGUUUAAAAUGUCAGUGUGACAUAUUGAAGAGAGGAUUUUGUUUCCGAGUUUUUGGUUCGCUCUUUGUUUAUCCUCCUGUGUCCCCAGCCUGCUAUUUCUGUCAGCCUUGCCCUGUGUUUUGCCCGCCACACCCUCCUAUCACCUUGUUACCCAGUCAUCAUGUUCUCUCCUUAGUCUGGUCCCUGCUCACCCCAGCUGUGCCUUGUUUUGUGAUUAGUCCCCUGUGUAUAUAUACCUGUCUGUUCUCUUAGCCGUUUGUCAGAUCAUCAUCAAUGUUUCUGGUGUUCCAGCUUGGCUUUCCUUGUUUUUUUUUCCCCCAGCCUGUUACCUGAGCCUUCUGUUACCUGACUGCUGAACUCACAUUAAAGAUCUUAAAUCAGUAA